AUGCACCACCGGCCCCCUUCCCCGUCGGGAGAUAUUAAGCCACCCACACCUACCGGGCACCGAGCCCCUGAUAACCGUUCCAUCUACCAGAACGAGUUAACGACCGCCAAUUUCCGUUUGGAACGGCCCAAUGAGGAAAUCAAAUAUACACCCGGCUUUUGGUCCUCUGGGGGCAGCACAGCAGUGUCUGUCUCUGGCAACCAAACAGAAGACGAUAAUACGGUGUACUCAACUAUUUCCCGUCAUUUCGGAGCCGACAUAAAUACCAAGAAUACUGAUAUUCCUCUUAUAAUAUGCGGUUUCGUUGGUGGUUUGGUAGACGGGCUGUCAUUUAAUGCAUGGGGUAGCUUUUCGAGUAUGCAAACAGGAAAUACCAUCUUCUUAGCCUUAGGCCCCUCCGGCCAGCCUGCAUAUCCAGCAUACCUCUGGGCAAAGUCCCUGGUCGCCCUGACCAUGUUUAUUGCCAGCAACCUUCUUUUCAUCAACAUACAUCGCCUCUUGGGCCCACGACGCCGCUCAACUCUGAUAAUCUCAUUCGCCCUACAGACUAUUGCCCUUUUGGUGACAGCGAUUCUCAUCCAGAAAGAGGUCAUUGCCCCGAAACCCGAGGACCCCCGGGCUCCGAUCGAAUGGAUGCAAGUGCUGCCAAUAUCACUUUUAGCUUUCCAAGCAGGAGGCCAGAUUUGUGCUUCCCGGGUCCUGGCCCUAGAUGAAAUCCCCACGGUUGUUGUGACGGCUAUGCUAUGCGAUCUGCUUGUCGACCCAAAGUUGACUGCAAAAUUCAAUCCGAAGCGGAACCGUCGGAUAGGCGCUUUUCUUGCAUUGUUUCUGGGAGCCAUGACCGCGGGUGGCCUUACUAAGACCACGAGUAUGGCAUCUAGUAUAUGGCUUGCUAUGGGUCUGAAGUUGAUAGUUACCUUGGCGUGGGUUGUUUGGCAGCGGGAGGGAAGGAGGAAGAGUGAUUUGGAUGUUUGA